CGCAGGGGCGCGGGUCCCCGCCCGGCGCGCAGCGGCACCAUGGGCACGGUGCUGUCCCUGUCCCCCAGCUACCGGAAGGCCACGCUGUUUGAGGAUGGCGCGGCCACGGUGGGCCACUACACGGCCGUGCAGAACAGCAAGAACGCCAAGGACAAGAACCUGAAGCGGCACUCCAUCAUCUCCGUGCUGCCUUGGAAGAGGAUCGUGGCCGUGUCGGCCAAGAAGAAGAACUCCAAGAAGGUGCAGCCCAACAGCAGCUACCAGAACAACGUCACGCACCUCAACAAUGAGAACCUGAAGAAGUCGCUGUCCUGCGCCAACCUGUCCACCUUCGCCCAGCCCCCGCCGGCCCAGCCGCCCGCACCCCCGGCCAGCCAGCUCUCGGGCUCCCAGACCGGGGUCUCCUCCUCCGUCAAGAAGGCCCCGCACCCCGCCGUCACCUCCCUGGGGACGCCCAAACGGGUCAUCGUCCAGGCGUCCACCAGCGAGCUGCUGCGCUGCCUGGGCGAGUUUCUCUGCCGCCGGUGCUACCGCCUGAAGCACUUGUCCCCCACGGACCCCGUGCUCUGGCUGCGCAGCGUGGACCGCUCGCUGCUGCUGCAGGGCUGGCAGGACCAGGGCUUCAUCACGCCGGCCAACGUGGUCUUCCUGUACAUGCUCUGCCGGGAUGUUAUCUCCUCCGAGGUGGGCUCGGACCACGAGCUCCAGGCCGUCCUGCUGACCUGCCUGUACCUCUCCUACUCGUACAUGGGCAACGAGAUCUCCUACCCGCUCAAGCCCUUUCUGGUGGAGAGCUGCAAGGAGGCCUUUUGGGACCGCUGCCUCUCUGUCAUCAACCUCAUGAGCGCCAAGAUGCUGCAGAUCAACGCAGACCCACAUUACUUCACGCAGGUUUUCUCCGACCUGAAGAACGAGAGUGGCCAGGAGGACAAGAAGCGGCUCCUCCUCGGGCUGGAUCGGUGAGCCCUGUAGCCUGCGCCGUGGGUCAAGGAUUCAACGCAUUUUUAAAAAUUUAUUAUUAAAUGAGUUUUGUGUACAGUAUGUGUCUAGCAAAGCCACCAGGGGCCUCUCCCUUCCCAUGUUCUCUCCCUGGGGUUUUUUCCAGCCCUGCCAAGAACCUCUGGGCACUUUUGAACUCACGAACCUUUUGCAAAACCUAGAAGAUGGAUUCAGAGCCACCCAGGCCACUGACCUCUCACUUUGGGGAACUCAGAGGACUGACUCGCCCCCGCCGCCUGUGCCCCUGCUGGAUCCAGGGUGGGUGAGGCUGCCUGCUGUGCCCUGGAUGGGAACUGGAGAGGGGCCUCUGGCUGGUGGGCCCAGGGAGGAGUUGGGGUUUCUGGUUGGAGGCCCUUUUCUGGCUCCUGUGUUGAGUCAUUCUCUCUCGCAGAGGCUACUGGUGCCAGCUGCCUCGAGCCGCCAGUGGGCUUGUGAGGCAGGAUCCUGCUGCCCUGGGACGUCUUCAGGCGAGGCGAGGCGAGGCAAAGCUGGGUCUGCUGCAGAGAUUGUGUCUGGUGGUUUGACUCUACGUGGUCCUGGUUUGCUGUUUUAUUUUUUAGUGAGAAGGGCUUUCCUUUAAGUGGAGAAAUGGAACUCGCCCCCAGCCCCUUGUCUACUGCUCCCGGCCAUGUUGGUGGUGUCGGCCGAUGAGCUGGGUUGAUUCCCAAGUUCUCCUUAUGGGUCCCAGCUAAAGGGGUGGGUAAAGCUGGGACAGCUCCUUUCCUGGGUGAAUUUUUCAUUUGAAUAAUGUAGCGUGGUCACCCUGUGACAAGUGCCAGGACAGCUGCAGUUGCCCGUCAGCCACAGCCUCCCUACUGGGGGUGGGUGCCAGGCCUGAAACCAAGCUGGUGCCCACCUAAGGGCUCGGGCCUCUUGCUGGUGUUUGUCCUGCAGAGCUGGGGGAAGGGAAGGCGAUGCCAGGGGUUGGGGUGAUGUGGUAAUGGCAUAUGUCCAUCCCGCCCUUGCCAAUUUAAAGCUGUUUUCAAGCAGUUCAGUUUCUUCUGGAGAGGAAGCCUUGCCAGGCAAGGCCCAGUGAGACAGCGGGAUCUGGGAGACAAUGACAAGACAGGAGCGGGACUCCCGAUUGCUUUGGAAGCCUGCUGAUUCCACCGUCAUCAUUUGCAGCUGCUGGUCUUGGUGUCCACCUUUCCCUACUGGCUGUAAAAACACAAGAUGUGUAUUUUAUCGAUUUUCUUUCUCAUUCUCCCGUAUUGUUGGCUUGGGCCUUGGGAGAGGACCAAGAGAAGGGAGCAAGUCUUCCUCUGGGGCCCACCACUCGGCUUUGGAGAACAAAGACCAACGUGAAGGCGCUACAGAGGAUUCUCUCUUCCAGGCUCAGUGUCCCCCCGCUCCCGGGAGCGCUGGAUGGGGAGGCAGAGGGUCAUUUUACGUAGGGUUAGGUUCUAGGUGGCUGCCAGUUUCAGCACAAGCACUACUGAAAUUCACAUAAAAAAGAGAAAGCUGUGAAAUUGAGGUCCUGACUGAAGAGGCCUGAGCCAAACCUGUCGGGGAAGAGGGACUGCCCGGCGGAGAGCAUCUGCCCGGCUGCACCUGAGGCCCACGGAGCCGCUCCCGGGGUCAGGCCCGGCGGCAGCGCUGGGCGGAACCCGAGGCUGCUGGCACAGGCUCCGCCCCAGCAUCUCCUCCCUGCGGGGCCUCCACACAGCCUGUCUUCAGACCCUGCUGCCGCGUGCGACCGAGGUGGGAGGCCCCUCCCUGGUGGCAUGGAAGAGGGAGGGUCGGUGCCAAGUCCCAAGAGGGGGGCGCAUGUUGGGAGUCGCCUUCAGCCGGCUGCACCUGGCCUGGAUCUGUGCGGUUAAGUUGCAGCCACAGGAUUCCGGCUUUGUGUGUUUCCUUCUCUUUCUCCAUAUUUAUUUUUUCCUGUUUCGGAGGAGGUGCACAUUUCAGGAGUGGCUGGGGACGAGGGAAGCAACUCUGGUUCCCACAGCGCGAAGCCUGCCAUGUUCUCUCCCCCCUGCACUGGUCAUCAGUACCGUGUCGAGGAACAGCCGAUGUACUUGAGUGUGCAAGCAACAAACCCACUUGACAUGCUGCUAUGAAGACUACUUUUAGAACAACAAUACAAAAAGAAAAAACUAGCCUACAGAAAAACCUUUUAUUCUUUAAUUGUUGCUUUUACAGUGAUAUUGUGCAUGCAAACAGGAGCAUUUUGUGUCUUAAGGAAAAUAAUCUUAGAGCAGAUGACUGUGAACAUUACACCCAUGCACAGAACAAGCCACAGGAAUCAUAGUUCAGAGUUUGAUUUCUCUCUUUUUCUUGUAAACCUGGAGGGUUGAUAUAUUCUUUCCAUGCAGUUAUUAGAACUUAGUUUUGUUCCAACAGUUGUUAAACUUGCAAUGAAAAGAAAAUGUGCCAUUUUUUUCACUCGGAAUUAUUCAUAGCUGUAUAUUUGAAACUGCUAAUUACACGUGUGAUAUAUGUUGGUUUUUUAGUGCAAUUUCUUCCGUAGCUAUUCUUUGACCAAACUGUGGGUAUUGUUAAUAUUAAUUUAUAUUUGUCUCAUUUUGUAUGUAUGUAUAGUGUGUUUGUGAGUAUGUGUGGUUUAUAAUCUGACAAAGUCACGAAGCUCAGUUUGGCUGUAAUUUAAAUCCCCUUCCCUUAUUUUUAUUUAUUUUUGUACUGUGCUGAUUCAAUAAAAUGCACUGACCAUCCAUUA